AGAAGCAUGCACAUGCAUUUUCAGCUUUCACUCAACCAGCUCCAGCUCCAGCUCCAGCUCCAUCCAUCCAUCCAUCCAUUCACCGCUGCGUCUUCACUAGUUUUCAGAGGUCGGAUCAAGAGUCACGGGAGAGAAGAAGAAAAAGAAAAGAGGAUUUCUUUCAGUUUAAGAGGGAAACGCCACAGACAUGUCUUUUGAGGUGAAGGAGAAGACGGAGGUGCGCCUGGUGUUUCUGGGAGCCGGUGGAGUGGGGAAGACCGCCCUCAUCCAACGCUUCCUCCAGGACACGUUUGAGCCGAAGCACCGGCGCACCGUGGAGGAGCUGCACAGGAAGGAAUACGAGGUGGGGGGCGUCAAAGUCACCAUCAACAUCAUGGACACCAGCGGCAGCUACUCCUUCCCCGCCAUGAGGAAGCUCUCCAUCCAGAACAGUGAUGCCUUCGCUCUGGUGUACGCCGUGGACGACCCCGACUCCCUGGAGGCGGUGAAGAGUCUGCGAGAGGAGAUCCUGGAAGUCAAGGAGGACAAGUUCACGCCCAUCGUGGUGAUCGGCAAUAAGAUCGACCGGCGCGACGAGCGGCAGGUGUCCAGCAAGGACGUCCUGUCCACGGUGGAGCUGGACUGGAACCACAGCUUCCUGGAGUCCUCGGCCAAAGACAACGUCAACGUGUUUGAGGCGUUCAGGGAGCUGCUGCAGAAGGCCAACCUGCCCAGCCGGCUCAGCCCGGCUCUGUGCAGGAGGAGGGAAACCUUCCCCAAGGAGAGCAACAAGAGGCCUCCCAUGAACAAGGCCAACAGCUGCAUCCUCUCGUAGGGAGGUGGACAUGUGACUGAGGCAGAGACGUUUUUAAAUGUGGAAAAAAGAUUCGCUCCUCAGCAGCAGCAGCAGCAGCAGCGCAGACGGACGCUCAGAAGGAGAACAGAAACAAACCCCGAGGAAUGUGGACGAGCAAGAACACGACGGAUGAAAACGCGUGGAGCUCAGUUUCUUUGAUGUAUAUAUGUGACGUUUGGUUUUUUCGGGGAUCUGUGUCACUGAUGUUUAAAAAAAAAGAAAAAGUGCAAUAACUGUGAAAUAAAAAGUGUUUCUGCAUAUGAUUGUUUCAUAAAUCUAGUUUACAACUGAAAAAAGCUGAAAUGUUUUCGUGUGAACCGCUGCUUUGCAUCAAUGUGUAAAAGUCUCAUUUAAAAUGGAUUCAGUGACACAUUCGUUUUGCAAUUUUUUGAUAACUGACGUCACGUUUUUUGGAGAAUUUCGAUGGUGUUUUCUGUUCCCUGUAUCUGCACAAAGACUAACGCCAUGUUUGAUGUUUCUAUUGUUACGUUAAAUAAAACUUUUUCUUAUUUGA